AUGAAGGUCUCCGGGCUAUCAGCUAUCGCCGUGGCCGGCACACUGGUCAACGCCGCCAAAGGACCGUUCCUCGAGCAGAUCAACGAUUCGACUUGGGUCAUCGGGAACGAUCACUGGAACCUGACCCAGGGCGCACUCUACGCUACCAAGCUUUUCUGGGAGGGUGUGCCAGGCGCCGAUCUGGUGGGCUCGGCUGUCGGUCACUACGUCGGCUACGACGGAGAGAACAACCUCAGGUUCACCAACGCCACCGUCGCGUCCCGGGGAACGGACUACAUCGACGUCAGCUUCUCCGCCGCUGCCGGCGACUUCCACUGGGUCAUCUUUGACGACCUGCCCGGCGCGUACCAGUAUUUCGUCAACCGCGCCCUGCCCGACAUCAGCAUCCUGCGGACCCUGUGGAGGCUGGCGCCCGACCUCUUCCCCAACGGCCGCACCCAUCUCAAGGACGAGCCCCUGCCCGACUUCUCGCUGUACGCGAGCGCGACCAACGUCCAGGACGAGACCUGGCAGCUGGCCGACGGCUCCUUCAUCACCAAGUACGACUGGUCCAACGCCGUCAGGGACCGCGACUUUUACGGCGUCUACGGACCCAAGGCCGGGUCCUGGUACAUCCACCCCUCGACAGAGUACUACAACAGCGACCACCUGAGCCAGACUUUGACGGUCCACCGGGAGUCCAAGACCGGCGACGCUGUUCAGCUCAACGUUGUCCAGGAUACUUCGCACUUUCGGGUUGGGCAGAAGGUCGCCCAGCCGGAGGGCAAGGUCUGGGGGCCUUGGCUCUGGUAUCUGAACAACGGAGACGUCGCGGAUGCCGCGCGGAAGCGCAAGGAGGAGGACAAGCACGUCCCCUACACCUGGUUCAAGGACGCAGCCUACCACUCCCGCGGCGGGGUGCAGGGGACCCUGACGCUGUCCGAUGGCCGCCCGGCCUCGGGCGCCGCAGUCUUCCUCGGCGACGCCGACACGACCGUCCGCCCGUCGAUCCAGGGCAGGAACUACUACUACACCACCUACGCCAACGACGAGGGCCGCUUCUCCUUCGACGGUGUGCGCAGCGGCUCCUACACCGUCUACGCGACGUCCAACGGCAGCAAGCUCGGCGACGUGUACACCAACUUCACCGCGCCCGUCGCCGUCGCCAAGGACAAGACGCUCAAACUGGGCCAGCUCACGUGGGGCGUCCCCCCCAAGGGCAAGCGCGUCUUCCAGGUCGGCGAGUUCGAUAAGAAGGCCAGCGGCUUCCGGAACGGCGGCGUCCCGUACCAGCACGGCGUGGCGGCGCAGAGCCCGGCGAACCUGACCUUCACCGUCGGGAAGUCCCAGGACUCGGACUGGUACUUCGCGCAGUCGGCGCUCGGCAAGUGGACGAUCGAGUUCGGCCUCGCCGCGGGCGACGUCGCCGCCAACCGGACGGCGCUGCUGAGCGUCUCCCUGGCCGGGUACUCGCAGAGCGGCGCGCUCGACGUCGACGUCAACGGGCACGUCUACGGCUCGCUGAACAAGGACGGCCUGACGAGCGACCCGGCGCUGUACCGCUCGGGCAAGGUCAGCGGCGAGUGGCGGUUCCUGCAGUACAGGAUCGACGCGGACGUCCUCCGGGCGGGCGUCAACACCGUCGGCUUCACCGUCACCCGCUACACCCAGUGGAGGGGGUUCCUGUGGGAUAGCAUCAUCCUGGAGUGGAUUUGA